AUGUCCUUCCCGGCCCAGCUGGCUGAUGGCAGUGCCUCUCCCUCUGCAGGUCCCGGCGUGGUGGGUGCCAACAGCCGCAGCCUGUGCGCUGGCAGGGCAGAGAGCAUCUCCUACCAGGAGCUCAAAGACUUGAAGAAGACCAAGGCCCUCCACAUAGAUGUGCGGGAGAGGUGGGAGAUCGACAGGUUUGGAAAGAUCCCAGAGUCCAUCAACAUACCAUUGGGUGAAUUAGUGGAAGCACUACAAAUGGACCCAGUGGAGUUCAAGGAGCAGUACAAUCAAGAGAUGCCAUCCAAGUCAGACCCUGUGGUUUUCUCCUGUUUGGCAGGAACAAGAAGUAGACAAGCACUCGGUUUUGCUGUGUCCUUGGGUUUCAGCAGAGUUCAGCAGUAUGCUGGUGGCUUUGAGGACUGGAUAAAACAUGAACCUCCAGAAAAGAAAUGA